CUGCUUCCGAGUUUCUGCACAUGCUCAGUUCCGCUCCACUGUUGACAACAAGACUUGGUUUGGACCCCUCUCCUCCAUAGCAAAAUAAAUUAGAUGAAUUCGACUUUUGAGAGGACAGAGUGAAAACCGGUCUGAGCUGAGUCCUUGAAUCUGAGCUUCCUCUCACCAACGGUGAAAAUGAGCUGGAAAUCAGCAUAGACAUGGACGUCCAGAGUAACAAGGAAGCACUGCCACAUGGAUGGGUUAGAGAAGUGAGGCAGAGAAAAGCUGGCAAGACUGCAGGAAAACUGGACGUGUACAUAAUAAGUCCCAGUGGGCAGAGGUUCCGGUCUAAGUCGUCCUUGCAUGAUUAUCUGUUAAAAAAUGGAGGAGAGAACCUGGACAUAAACCUGUUUGAUUUCACCUCAUCCAAAACUAAGUUCAUCACCUCUGAAACAGAUCAGUCCAAAGGAACGCAAGAGAAAUGGACGAAAAAGCAAGCAAAUGGACAGCAGGAUAAAACAGGUGGAAAAGUGAAAUCUGCCAGACAUAAAUCUAAAAACAGCUUUUCCUCUACCAGAUGUAAAGUCAGCAAGAGCAAGAUAACGCCUGCUGUUGAGGAUACUAAAAGUAAUACUUUGCAAGAGGACGUAGCUGAGGAGGCUGGGCCGAUUAGCUCACAAGCUACAUCUUCAUCAGACUUGGCGGUUGAUGAUCAUACACCCCAGAGCCCCCGGAGGGUGGGACUGUUGAGGGAGAAAAUUCUGAGACUGGCUCCUUCCAGUGAUCAACAAAACACCUUCCUUCCAGCUCACAGGAAUCAGCCGGCAAACGCGCCGCCUUCGGUCCCGACUCUGAGUGUUGAAGCUGCCACUGAGAGCGAGAAUGAAAGUGAGAACGUGGCAAACACAGAUGUUGCACAGCCUCACAGCAAAGGUGACAACAAGUCUAAUUCAGAGGUAGUGGAUAAUGCUGACAGUCACAGAGAGGAGGAGGUGUUACCUGACAACAGUGGUGGAAGCUGCACACCAGUUAGAGAUUCCCAUAAUAGAUCCAAGAAUUUGGAGAGCAGGCGGAAAACAAGCCCUUAUUUCAGUGCGAAACGUCUCAAAGAUGGACUCAGCCCACCCAGGAGGAAAUCUCUCAGAAAAUGGACACCUCCCCGGUCUCCCUUCAACCUCAUACAGGAAACCCUUUUCCAUGACCCCUGGAAGCUCCUGGUGGCCACUAUUUUUCUGAAUAAGACAAGUGGGAAAAUGGCCAUUCCGGUGCUUUGGGUGUUCUUUGAGCGCUACCCGUCUGCAGAGGUGACCCGGGAGGCCGACUGGAAGCCCAUGUCUGAACUCAUGAAGCCACUUGGGCUCUAUGAGCUUCGAGCCAAAACAAUCAUCCGCUUCUCCGAUGAGUUUUUAAAUAAACAGUGGCGUUACCCUGUUGAGUUGCACGGUAUUGGCAAGUAUGGAAACGACUCCUACAGGAUCUUCUGUGUUGAAGAGUGGAGGCAGGUGACUCCUGAAGAUCACAAGUUAAAUAAAUAUCAUGCCUGGCUGUGGGAGAACCAUAAAACGUUGGGAAUAUGAAGAAUGAUCAACCUUGAGAAAGACUUUAUCUUCAAGCAAGAAAAUCUAGGCUACAUAAUCACGGACGUUGUCUAGCCUACAGCAGAUCAAAACAAUACACUUGCACUUUUAAAUCUGAAUCCCAUAAAAAAUUAUGGAGCAAAGGUUCAAAUGUUUGCCCUUUAAAAAGUUUUAUUUGUUGUUCAAUAAAUGAGUUUUAGUCAUUUUAACAGCUGAAAGGGUUCUCUUCCUUGUUUUGUUGAAAUGUAGCUCACACCUGGAAAUGUUCUCAGUCUUUAUCUGGUUAGUUUGUUGCCACGUGCUAAUAAUCUUUCUCUUUUGAGUCUGCUGAUGCUUGGCCACUCAGUCAGUGUUGUAGCUUUGUAUUAUUAGAGGGGUGGGAAACCCGAUUCCCAAGGAAACGGUUGCGAAAGCAAAACACUGACUGAAUGCUCUGAUUCAUCUGGGUUUAAUGUUUAACUGGUGCCAUUACAGAUAUAUGAAAAGCUCAGAUUUGUAUGUAUUUUAACGUGAAAAGGACAUUUGCUUUAAAAGAUAUAUUAUUUUAAGCUUUAGGAGUUUGGGAUGUUUCGGCACAUAAAGUCUGGACUCAGGAGUUCCAGUAGAAAAGAGCAAGACCUAAAGAUGAGACUACGUAAGAAAACAUUGUUUUAUUUAUUUCCUCAGUUUUUUUAUUUACAGGACUGGUGAAAAGUUUAUCUCUACUUUAAUAUUUGCAUAUUAUAUUAACUUUGGCAUCUUAAUUUUACAUUUAUUUAUUUUUUUCAGGGUAGAAGGCUUAGGUAAUUAGCAAUUAACAUUUUUCAACAAAACUUGGACACUCAAAUUUUAUUAAAGGAUUUCAUGUUUGCAUAUAGACAUACAACCCAAUGUUUGGUUAAAUGUUCCACGCAAGAGAAGUCACCUUGUGUGAGAAAUCGUGACUAGAGGUUACUGUAAUGGCAAGGAUUAUCUAAAUGAAUUAAUUUCAUGCCACAGAACCAGAUUUUAUGCACAGUGAAGAGCGUUUCAAAGGGCCAAGGUUGGGCAAACUACUAGAAAUUUAUUUUGACUUUUCUAAAUUCCAAAACCAGUUUUGUGUUGUGUUUUCACUGCAAAAAAAGGCUUGGUGGUUUUUUUUGGUUAAGCAUCCAACCAAUUACCUUUUUUUCUGAUGGUGUGUGGGUCAAAUGAUUGAAACUUUGACACAAAUAGCUCAAGGAUUGGCUUUAGAAAUCCACUAAAGCAUUUUCUUGUUAGGUUUGUUUCCAUCCUGAAGGAUAACGCAUUCAAAUAAAUUAGUAAAGCCACCAAAUGUAUUAGUGUAAUUAUCAUGGGGAUUAUUAUAUACAUUUCUGUUUUGUUUUCUCUCUCUAUUGCAGCACUUAUCUCUAUAGUAGCUACACCCAUUAAUGUUUCUCAAGACACUCCAAGCUUUGCUGUCACUCCGAUAACAUUACCAAUUCUCCAGGACCAUGGUAGUGUGCUAAAGAGCAGUCAGAAUAUUCAGAGGUUGGAUCCUUUGCACCCACCUUUGGUUAAUAAACGCACCGUCAGUCUUGAAACAUGCGCUGUUCACCAUCAUAACCACCAGAGGGCGCUGAUCAUGCAAAGAGGAGAGCAUUUCAGGUGGAAAGAAUGAGACCUGAGAUGAACCCAGGAAUAGCUUGACUUUUGUUUUGGUUGUACUGUUAAAAAAACAACAAAAAACAAAGCAAAACAAGAUGAAAUCAUGGUCACUGAGUUGAAGUUGUUGUGUCAGGUAUCAUCAGGUGUGGAGGAAACCAUUUUAUGGAACCAUCAGUGAGAAAGAAGAGUACAGAAAGGAGAUACGAGAGCAGCUAAAGAGGCAGAUGGAGGAGAAGUGCAUGGAACUGAAGCUGCAGCUGGCUAGUAAAGUAAAAGAAGCAGAGCAUCUCAUAGCGGUGGACCGCCUCGCCCUGUCUAGUGAGAGACAGCAGCGAAUUCAGCACACAAAAGCAAUGACAGUCUACAGAGAUGAGAACAAGAGGCUAAUGGAGCAGAGCAGGAGGGACAGAGCACUAACACAUUCCCAGGAGGCACUGAAAGAGAGAGAGCUGCUGCGCCUCAACCCCAUUAACUGGAGUGGAACACUGACGUGACUCCAAGUAGCCAAAACCUGCAAUUCAGGCUUCUUCUCAGCCACCGAGGAGCAAACCCUCAGUUUGAAAUGGAAAAAAAAAAAAAAAUUGUGAUGGAAAACAAAGCAUAUUAUGUGAAGGGGAAGAAACAUAAAAUAUGGAUUUAGUGUUUUGUUUAUGCAAAUAUAAAUAUGGGGGAAAAAAAUGUCUUGAGAUCUAAUUAUAGCUUAGCUUAUUAAAUACAAAAUUGUGUUUCUGGAAUAUUCCAAUAACAUGAAACCAUAAAAAAAGGUAUAUACAUGUCUAGUACCAUACAAAAUCUCAACACUUGAUCAGGUUUCAUUUUGUUUGAAUUACUGCAUCAAACCAACGUGGCAUGAAGACGAUCAGGCUGUAGCACAGCUGUAAUGGAAGCCCAGGUUGCUUUAACAGCAAACUUAGCUUUUCUCCAUUGUUGGGUCUGCCGCCUCUCUUCCUCCUUUUGAUGCUGAAAAAUUAAAUCAGCAUUUCCUUAAAGAUCUCCCGGUGGAUUUCUGCACCGACUUUGAUCUAGAAUACAACAAACACCAGCAGAUAACAAGGCUCCCCAGACCAACACGGAUAGGAAACUACUCACUGGACCUCGAGCCUGGGCCUCUCCACUCUACCUCUCAGACCGUAUGUUUUUUUGUUUCCAAAUGAAAUCAGGAUUCAAAAAGAAAGGAUUGCAGCCAUCUAGUCCUUUCUCUCCUAAAGUAAGAAGCUUCUGAUGAUGUCCUCGUCUUCGGAGCAGCUGUACAAGCAAUGCAACAGCUGUGGACCUGGUCCAGGAUCUGUCAGUGUGGGAAAUUCAGAUUCCAGCUACGUUAUGCACCGAAUUCUUCCAUGGGCUUUGUUUCAGGGCCAUUUUCAACCAUGUUUUAUCUUUCACACAACUUCUCAUUAACAUAUCUGCCAACAGCACCCUGAAGAACCAGUUUCUUUAAUAAGGAGUUUUUGUGACUCAUCCUCAGUGACGGCUUGCUGGACUACAGUCAUGUCGGCAGUGUGUUGAGCAUAACAUGACCAUGUAUUGUUUUGCUGCAUGGUAACAAAUGCAAUAAAACAAAUGUUAAUAUUUGUCAGAAAUGAUGUCAGAAAAUUGUAGAUAUUUUGUUGGGCUAACAAAAUAUUACCCAACAAAUAUUUGGGUUUUGUUGGGCAACAUUUUCUUCGCCCAAACAUUUUUCUUUGUCUUUAUCAAACAUAGUUUUCCAUGUUACAGCAAAGUUAAAAUAGUCUAUCAAAUAACAAAUCCUACAGAAAAAAAAAAAAA